UGUUAAGGACAUUGUUGCCGAUCCAAAGGCCUGGCUCAGGAAUGAUCCUGUGCCACCUGUACCAUCAGAAUCAAGAUCAAUCUGGCAACGCUGCUAAGGACCCAGACCGAGACCCAGAUCAACCGGCUGACCAAAACAAACUAGUAGAAUGUUCAAGGGCUUGGUGGCGCUGGUGUCUGGGGGCGCCUCUGGCCUGGGCCGUGCCACAGUGGAGCGUGUGGCACGGCAGGGUGGACGUGUUGUGUUGUGUGACCUCCAGUCUUCCCAGGGGUCAAAGGUCGCGCAGGAAAUUGGAUCAGACCGAGUGCUGUUUGUCCCCACUGAUGUGACCUCCCCAGGGGACGUGGAGGGAGCGGUGGCAGCUUGCAAAGAACAAUAUGGCCGCCUGGACGUGGCCGUGAACUGUGCUGGCAUUGGUACAGCGGCCAAGGUCUACAAUCAUAACAAGGGGACCAUCCACUCUUUUGAAGACUUUAUGCGAGUCCAGACGGUCAACCUAGGCGGGACCUUCAAUGUGACGAGGGUAGCAGUCAGCCUGAUGGCCCAGAACACCCCCGACUCCCAGGGACAGCGAGGGGUGGUCGUCAACACAGCAAGCAUUGCAGCUUUUGACGGACAGAUGGGUCAAGCGGCUUAUGCUGCCAGUAAAGGGGGCAUCGUUGGCUUGACCUUGCCCCUAGCCCGUGACCUGGCCCCCAUUGGCAUCCGUGUGUGCACUGUGGCCCCUGGACUCUUUCGGACCCCUCUGCUGGAAUCCUUGCCUGAAAAAGUACAAACAUUUCUGGCAAAAACAGUUCCCUUCCCUCCUCGUCUUGGGGACCCGAGCGAGUUUGCGCAGCUUGUUGAGGCAAUAGUGGCCAACCCAAUGAUGAAUGGGGAGACUGUCAGGGUGGAUGGGGCCUUGAGGAUGCAGGCCUGAGGUAAUAGAAGGAGGAGGAAGAAAGAAGAAAUAGAAUGAUGAUAAUAAAAAUAAUAAUAAUAAUAAUAAGUAAUUUAUUUUAUCAUUAUUAUUAUUAUUAUUUGUUACAACUUCUGUAAUUACAAAAAAUAAUUGAAAUAAAAUUUGUAAUAAGA